CUCCCUGCACUGCCUGGCGCUGUACCAAACCUUCAGCCGUCAGACCCCGCCUCAAGAGACCGCCAACCUGGCCGCGAAUGGCUCGUGGGGGCAACUCCCAUGGGCUCACAGCGCUGCAGCCUGCGCUACCUGGACACGCUGUGCCAGGCGCCGGUGUUCUACGCAACGCGUAUCCGGAACAACUACGGACUUGGCUUCGGUGGGGAUCUCGGCGUGCAACAGGGAGACAAGGUUCGCGUAAAAGGCCAGACGUCUAACCACUCCAUCGCAGUGCAAGCACGCGGUGGCUUCAAGUGGGCGGACCCGGACGAUACGGCUACAGCUCGCCUGCUGCCGCUGAUGGGUGCUGCCGCAUCCACUGGCACAUACACGCGCGUGCCGCCAGCACUCCAGACAGCCAUGGGUGCGGGUAUAUCACCCGCUGAACCCUUUGGUGGCGGCGUCAUUCCCGGCUUGCGUGAGUGUGUGGUGCUGACGUACAACCUGGAGGCGGCCGCCACGGAGCUGGGCGAGCGUUACGUGUGGCUGCACGCCCACGUGGCGCUGGAUGACAGUGCGGGCACCCCUCCCGGGCCUGUGCGGUUCAGCAUCGUGAAGGACGAGACGCUGACCUGGGCGGCCUGGGUACGCACGGCUGGAGAGGUGCUGGUCUGUUGCGAGUCGAUUGUGGGCUGCAGGCAGCUGCACCUGGUGGUGGAGAGCGACUUCAGCGGCGGCGCCCGCUGUGUGUGGCUAGAUCCGGUGCUGGUGUGUGCGCCCAUCCUGGACAAGGGCAUUGUGGCGGAGCUGGAGCAGGCAGCGCGUGUUGCUGAGGACGCGGACUGGAUGUCACGUGACUUGCGGGUGCAAUUUAUUCGCGAGGCGGCCGGCGACAUCAUGUACAUGGCGCCAGCCCGCUCCGUGCCACAAGAGGUUUCCCGUGCUAGUGCCACGGGCAGCUACCGCAUUAGCGUCUACUCGGGAGCGGAAAAGAACGGCGGGACACGAGGAAAGGUGUUCAUCAAGCUCCAUGGCCGGCGCGGCAAUGAUGACAAGACAGCUGUGAAAAGCAAUCUCAUCUGUGUAAACAAGGACGGCGAGAUGCUCUCGGAGGGUAACAAGUACACCAUGCUGCAGCCCACCGCGCUGCCGCUGAUGGACGAGGUGGACUAUAUCACCCUGUCCCACGUCCCGCCGCCAGCCGGCAUUAUGGGACCCAGCAUGGCGCCAGGGGGUGCAAGCGACUGGAGCGUGCAGCACGUCGAGGUGUCCUGUGAGGAGACCGAAAAGACCUGGUACUUUGUGGCGAACAGCUGGUUCCUGGCCCUGGCGCAGAAGCAGGCUGCAGAGCGAGCUUUGGUCGCACAGGGGGGCAUGGCUGGCGCAGCCGCUGGGACAGGGAAGGCUGUCCUGCCUACUGAUGCAGAAGUGCUCCUGCCACGCGCAACCUCCGGCCUGGAGUACAAGGUAGUGACGCAUGUGCUCAGCUCGGGCAAAGGCAAAGGCAUGGGGCUCGAUGGCGACAUUCAGCUGUUUAUUAUGGGCAUGACGGAGCAAGGCUACGUGCAGAGCCCCUUUAGCAUACCAGGCAGGUCCAUCGAUCACAGCCACGAGUCACGUCUACUUGUGAGCCCACAGCCUCUCGGCGAGCUGCUCAGCAUUGAGCUAACAUGCCAGCAGCCCGGCAUCCUCAGCACAAGGCUGCAAUGCGUCGAGGUUGUCCGGCUGGUGGAUGGCAAGCACUUCCUGUUCCUGCCUCCUCCAUUGGAUCCCGACGACCCGCCCAACCCCAGGGCCACCAAGGUGGUCUUGCGAGUGGCUUCACAGCCGCACUUCCGCAUCGCGACCUUUACCAGCGCCAUUCCCGAGGCCAGCACGGACGCGCGGGUGUACAUCGACCUGUUUGGCGCCAAGGGCCAGCUGCUGGACCUGUAUCUGCGAGACGCCACCGGCGACAGCUUUGAUGAGGGCAGCGAGGAUGUGUUCUUCUUUCCAGACCCAGGCUUGGGCGAAAUAGGCAGCGUAUGCAUUUCACACGAUGAUUCCGGGGACUCGCCCAAUUGGCACCUGGACCACAUCGAGAUCACCAACACUGGCACGGGCAAGACCGCGGUCUUCCUCUGCCAAAAGUGGCUUGGGCUGGGUGUCACCAUGCAGCAGGACGAAAAAAGCUCGCAGGGCCGUGUAGACCCUGAGCGGGUGCUAGAGCGGGUGCUCUAUCCAGCUCACCUGCUGGCGUCGCUGAACACCGGGCGGCCGCUGAUGAGCUACCAUGUUGUCUUCAACAUGGAGUCCCAGACACCCUGUCCGGUGUGGCAUGCUGCAGAAGCGCUCCAGCUUGUUGGGUGGAACCAUGAGACACUCCAAUACUCGGAGACGGUGAUAAUCGACAGCGGGAAGCUGGGUACCAACCUGGAGCUGGACAUGCAGUACGUGCAGCACGUGCAAGCCUUGAACCAGGCCGCGGCAAGAAGGGCUGAAGCUGAUGCCACGGAUCCUGCUGCAGCCCCUGCGACCGCCGCUGCGGGGCGGACGUACCAAGUGGUGGUGCAGAAGCUGGCGGCGCACCAAGCGCGAUCCAACAUUGCCAUUGGGGCCUCCACCCGGGAGGUCACCCUGGUGCUUGCUGGGGCGCUGGCAAGCAGCAGGCUGAUUACGCUCAACUCUGGAAACUGUACGAAUCUUGGAGUAGCGCCCUUUACGUCACCGGACCAACCCGACAUGUUCCAGGUGACCACGGACAUCGAGCUGGGUCAACUUCUGCGGGCUGACGUGCGCCUAGGCAGUAGCAGCUCCUCAGACUGGGGGAUACUUCUGUCUGCUGUGGUGGUGCGGGACAUCAGUGACACCAGCAGCGCGCCGGUGGAUUUUACCACGGGUCCUGGCGGUCAAUGGCUAGGCAUGUCCCCUACCUCAAGGGAAGGCGUAUACGGCGGCACACAGGCGCUGCAUCUCCUUCCCGUGGGGACUGCUGCGGUGUCCUUUGUAGGCAGAGCCUUCCAGACCAUCUCAGCCCUACAUGUGCGCCACGACAACCCGGGUGUGUGGCCAGGCUGGGCUCUUCGCAGUAUCGAGCUGUUCGCUGCUCCACCGCCCGGAGCUCCUGUGAAGGCUGCAUGGGACGACACGACCGGCGCCCAGCCUCCAGCACCGGAUCCAGCAGCUCUUGUGCCACCAAACCCCACCUACCUGACUGGGAUGUUUGCGGCGACUGGUACUCUACCGCUCGGACCGCCAGCUGCUAUUGGGAGCUCGCUCACAGCGGGCCCUGCAACAAGGGCAGGAGCAGUAGCAGCAGCUUCGUUCGUCGCGGUACAAGCUGUCAUGCCUAACACGGCUCUUGGUCCGUCUGCACCGGCAUCUGGGCCACUGGCCGCGUCUCCAGCGCAGCAAACAACUCCAGGGCUGUUAGCAGCGCCGGUGCAGCCCGUGACAUCGCCAACAUCCGCCAGGGCUUCAGGACCAGUGCCAGUCCUGACUCCCGCAGGUGCGGCGGCACCACUGUCGAUUGCUGCGGCGCCCGUGCAGCCUGCGGCGGCACCCUCGCCAAGCGUUGCAGCGCCGGUGCAACCUGCGGCAGCGCCGGUGCAGCCAGGUGCAGCGCCCUUCCCGCCUGCGGCAGCGCCGGUGCAGCCUGCGGCAGCGCCCUUGCCGCCUGGUGUAGCCCCGUUGCCGCCUGCGGCAGUGCCGGUGCAGCCUGCGGCAGCUCCCUUAACGCCUGGUGCAGCACCCUUACCGCCUGCGGCAGCGCCGGUGCAGCCUGCGGCAGCGCCCUUGCCGCCUGGUGUAGCCCCGUUGCCGCCUGCGGCAGUGCCGGUGCAGCCUGCGGCAGCUCCCUUAACGCCUGGUGCAGCACCCUUACCGCCUGCGGCAGCGCCGGUGCAGCCUGCGGCAGCGCCCUUGCCGCCUGGUGUAGCCCCGUUGCCGCCUGCGGCAGUGCCGGUGCAGCCUGCGGCAGCGCCCUUGCCGCCUGGUGUAGCCCCGUUGCCGCCUGCGGCAGCGCCGGUGCAGCCUGCGGCAGCUCCCUUAACGCCUGGUGUAGCCCCGUUGCCGCCUGCGGCAGUGCCAGUGCAGCCUGCGGCAGCUCCCUUAACGCCUGGUGCAGCACCCUUACCGCCUGCGGCAGCGCCGGUGCAGCCUGCAGCAGCGCCCUUGCCGCCUGGUGCAGCGCCGGUGCAGCCUGUGGCAGCGCCGUUGCCGCUUGAUGCAGCCCCGUUGCCGCCUGGUGCAACAGCGGUGCAACCCACGGUGGCACUUUACUCACCGGGUGCGGCAGCCUUGCGGCCCGUUGCGCCACUGGUUCCCAACGCAGGCAGUUCAGCAGAUAUUGCAGCUGCAGUGCCCGCUGCGGCGCCCUUGGGAGGGCUGGCGCCACUAGGGUCAGUUGCAUUUGUGCCACCACUGGCACCACCCGCGAACCUGGGCCCGCUCGUUGCAAAGGCAGGGCCUGUGGCGGAGGCGAAGGUGGCUACGCAGUUACCCAUCAUCCCGGUGGCGCCAGCGUUGUUUUUCUUUUCAGGGUCUGCUGUGCACUUCUGUGCUUGGCCAACACCCAACAUGCCAUUCAUCAGGCAUUACCUCACCGACGCUACCCGCCAGCAGGGGUACCCGCCUGAGUCAUACUUCAGGCCGCCGAUCAUCGUCCCGCCUCCUGCAAGGAAGGAGCCCAUUCCUCUCGAGUCGACAGCCAACGUGGGGGCUGGCGGCACAGCGGCGCCCAAAACCCUAAUUGACGUUGAUACAUCGGCAACUGCGGCACUGGCCCAUGUGAUUGACCCAGAGCGUCAAAGGGCCCUGCAGGAGGCGUACGAUGUGGAAGUGCGGGCUUACGUGGCGCUGGCUGCAGCUGGCAGCCAGGCCCAGGCAGACCUGUUCGCACUUAUACGUGCACGAAUGAAG